AUGGACGAUCAUAACGGAUUAUGGUGUUCACUUACUGCUACUUACAGUGGAUCUUGGGCUAACUGCGGUAAGGAACAGAAAGCAAAUAUUUUAAAUGUUCACAAAAAAAUUUAAAAAAACGUUUUUGUACCAAUAUACUUUAAAAUAUUUGUAUAUAACAGGAUUUAGCAUUAGCUUAUUUAUUUAGAUCAGUAAGUUAUCUGCUCAAGCGCAUUCAAAUGUAUUGCUGAAGAGAGCAUAAUUAUACUGUGAUAUCUGCACUUUGUCGCCCUAAGUGCUCAGUUUUUCUUUUAUAUAGGAGAUUUUUAUUACCGCGUUUUGAAUAUUGUAACUCUUAAUCAUUCGUAUAGGUAGAUAUUAUUAUUCAUUUCUCAAUAACCUUUAGACUUGACCAAUUAACUAUACUAAUAUAUGUAGUCUCCCGUUCUUAUUUCUAUUCUUUUUGAGAAUUUCGUAGCUCUUAGCAUGUAUAGUCUUAAUUUUUUUUAGCUUGUCAAACACUAAUAUCAUGAGCCUCGGGCUUGGGAGAUUGGGAGACCACUACCUAUGUCUCUGACGUUAAACUGAUUAACUUAUCUCAACCCCUUUAACUACCAAGAUCUCUUUAGUAAUUCUCCUUACUGUCUGCCAAAUGAUUCUCAUCAUGUUGGCUUGGAGAAUUUGAUAUCGGAUCAAUUUGAAAUCCCAUAAUUGAUGUUUUUCUUUAUUCUCAUCACUUGUCUGCAUGAUAUUGUAUAGAUAUAGUAAGGAGAAAUUCUGUUCUGGUCACUCACGGGAGUUAAAGGGUUAAUCAUAAGAAGAGAUACAACAAUACUUAAUUAUAGCAACUAGAUCUUGUCCGUUAGAUCUCGCUAUCAGAUUUCGGUCAUCAAAUAUCACAGACAUCCCAAGCUCAUGUCUCGAGAAAAUGCUUGCACACUUAACGUAUAUUCCUGAAAGCGUCACGCAUUGUGUGAUACGCGGUGUUAGGUUACGCGAGGAAUUGUUGAGAAUUUGAACCCAUUUUAAGGAAUAGUGUGGGGAAAAAAUAGAGUCGAUUAACAACGCUAAAUCUUCCGAAAUAUGAACAUUUUACUCGUAAAAUUAAGUAACUUACUCAUUACUUGUGUGUCCGUUAUGGUUUCUGGUGAUCUCUGCCGUUUUGGGGUUGCUUUGCCAUCGCUCCAAAACGGCAGAGAUCACCAGAAACCACGACGGACUCACAAUGAGUAAGUUUAAUUGAUCUUACGCGUAAAAUGUUUAUAUCUCGGAAUAUUUGGCGUUGUAAGUCGUCCGUAUUUCUUUUCCGAUACAAAUCCUCAUAACGGGUUCAAAUUCUCAGCGGUUCCUCUCACGUAGCCUAACACCACGUAGCACAACGCGUGACGCAUUCAAGCCGAAUAAAUACGUCCGCGUUCGAGACUAACCUUUCCCUUUUCUCGAGACAUGCCUGGGAACAUACGGUGUUAGGCCUAAACAGAUUCUUGCUAGUAUUGACAUCAAAUAGCUCAUUAAUUGAAAAAAAGUAUGAACCAGAUUAAUGAAGUGUUUUUUUUUGCUCCUUCACAGUCGGCCCUUGCUACAGGAGACCUUGUGAGAAUGGAGGAGUCUGUACAGAAACCAAAAAUGAUUCGUACAGCUGCGAGUGUGCCGUGGGAUAUUCUGGAGACAAUUGUGAAAUAGGUGCCUGCAUCACAAAUGUGAAUUGAACUAACAGUUGGUUCAAUGUUGUGUUAUUUCCUAUCCUCGGUAAUUUUUUGCCCUGGAUGAUUCAGCCCACACCUGGUAUCCUUUGAAUGGGGAAAUAGCAAGAUAUAAAUUGAAAUUUGCGUAGUUGGACAAAUUAGGUCUAUACCUUUAACUACGAAUCCUUGGACAGGAAAAAAAAUAUACUGUCACAAAUAAAUAUAUUGCUGCCAGUUUUGAUCUCAAAUAAUUCAAUCAUCUAAACAAAAGUAUGAAAGUUUCUAAUUUAGUGUAUUCUGUUACUCCGCAGUGGGCCCAUGCGCCGGGAAACCUUGUCAGAAUGGAGGAAUCUGCACCGAAAAUGGAAAUAAUUCGCGCAGUUGCCAAUGUGCCGUUGGAUACUUUGGAGAAAAUUGUGAAAAAAGUACAUACUAGAUUGUGGAUACUCUGUUGGAUACUCUGGAGAAAAUUGUGCAAAAAGCAUAUACUAGAUUGUGAACUGUGUGUGAACAGCUCAUGCAAUAUAGGAUAUAUUUCUUACCUUUAAUUUCUUUAACCAUCUUUUAAUUAUGAUCUUGAAAUAGUGCUAUGUGAGCUCUGCCCGGUGUGAUGGUGCAUUUGUACAAUGGAAGACUAACUCAAAAUUCUAGAUAAGUACUUCCUUAUCGAACCCCAUUAAGGCAUCCAUUCAGUGGAAAAGUGGUGCAUGAACCAGUAGUCGCACUGGGGUUUUGCUUUCAAAUUAACCUUAAAUAUACACCCAGAACGUAAAGGAAACUUUUCUGUUCUUCCAUAGAGUUGCCAUGCCCUCCUGGCAAAAAAACCGACGAUCCGCAAGGUGCCUGCUGUGUUUUCCCUUUUACCUAUGGAGGAACGACCUACAGCGCUUGUACGAUGGCCGAUCACAACCGAUUGUGGUGUAUAACUAAAGCUACUGGCAGUAGAUCUUGGGCUAACUGUGGUAAGGAACAGAAAGUCGCGAGUUUAAAUGCAUGCCAAAAAAAACAAACACUAUUGUAGUACUAUACCUCAAGAUAUUUGUUUUAAGACACUAUUUUCAGCCACAAUGGUAAGAAGAGGUGCAACAAUUGGAUUCUUAAAGCAUAUAGGUAUUGUCUGUUAGGUCUAACCGAUGAAUCAUUAGUCAUCAAAUAUGUUCUUUUGUUAGGCCAAAGAAGAUUGUUGCUAAUAUUGCUCUUAAAUAGUUCAUCCAUAGCCACAAAAGUAUGGCGGUGCUUAAUUGAGUGGUUUUUUUUUCUGUUCCAUCGCAGUCGGUCCAUGCGACAACAACCCUUGUCUGAAUGGGGGAGUCUGUACAGCAACCAGAAACGACUCGUAUACCUGCAAGUGUGCUUCAGGAUAUUCGGGAGGCAAUUGUGAAAUAGGUACAUGCGUAACGACUGUGAAUUCAGCUAACAGCCAUUUUAACGGUUUGAUCGCAAAUACCUCAUUCAUCCAAAUCAAACAAUGAACAUAUCUAAUUUAUGAUUUCUUGUCACUCCGCAGCGGGCCCAUGCGCCAAGAAACCUUGUCGAAAUGGAGGAAUCUGCACCGAAACAGGAAACAACUCCCGAAGUUGCCAAUGUGCCGUUGGAUACUCUGGAGAAAAUUGUGAAAAAAGUACAUACAGGCAUAUACUAGAUUGUGAACUGUGUGUGAACAGCUCAUGCAAUAUAGGAUAUAUUUUUUACCUUUAAUUUCUUUAACCAUCUUUUAAUUAUGAUCUUGAAAUAGUGCUAUGUGAGCUCUGCCCGGUGUGAUGGUGCAUUUGUACAAUGGAAGACUAACUCAAAAUUCUAGAUAAGUACUUCCUUAUCGAACCCCAUUAAGGCAUCCAUUCAGUGGAAAAGUGGUGCAUGAACCAGUAGUCGCACUGGGGUUUUGCUUUCAAAUUAACCUUAAAUAUACACCCAGAACGUAAAGGAAACUUUUCUGUUCUUCCAUAGAGCUGCCAUGCCCUCCUGGCAAAAAAACCGACGAUCCGCAAGGUGCCUGCUGUGUUUUCCCUUUUACCUAUGGAGGAACGACCUACAGCGCUUGUACGAUGGCCGAUCACAACCGAUUGUGGUGUAUAACUAAAGCUACUGGCAGUAGAUCUUGGGCUAACUGUGGUAAGGAACAGAAAGUCGCGAGUUUAAAUGCAUGCCAAAAAAAACAAACACUAUUGUAGUACUAUACCUCAAGAUAUUUGUUUUAAGACACGAUUUUUAGCCACAAUGGUAAGAAGAGGUGCAACAAUUGGAUUCUUAAAGCAUACAGGUAUUGUCUGUUAGGUCUAACCGAUGAAUCAUUAGUCAUCAAAUAUGUUCUUUUGUUAGGCCAAAGAAGAUUGUUGCUAAUAUUGCUCUUAAAUAGUUCAUCCAUAGCCACAAAAGUAUGGCGGUGCUUAAUUGAGUGGUUUUUUUUUCUGUUCCAUCGCAGUCGGUCCAUGCGACAACAACCUUUGUCUGAAUGGGGGAGUCUGUACAGCAACCAGAAACGACUCGUAUAACUGCAAAUGUAUCUCAGGAUAUUCGGGAGGCAAUUGUGAAAUAGGUACAUGCGUAACGACUGUGAAUUCAGCUAACAGCCAUUUUAACGGUUUGAUCUCAAAUACCUCAUUCAUCCAAAUCAAACAAUGAAAAUAUCUAAUUUAUGGUUUCUUGUUACUCCGCAGCGGGCCCAUGCGCUAAGAAACCUUGUCAAAAUGGAGGAAUCUGCACCGAAAUAGGAAACAACUCGCGCAGUUGCCAAUGUGCCGUUGGAUAUUCUGGAGAAAAUUGUGAAAAAAGUACAUACAGGCAUAUAGAUUUUACACUAUGUGGGAAUAAUUUAUGUAAUAUAGGAUAUUUUUUCUUACCUUUCAUUUUCCUUUUUUACAUCAUUUGAAUUAUGAUCUACUUGAAAUAGUGCUAUGUAAGCUCAAGCGGUGUGACGGUGCAUUUUUACAAUGGAACAUAAACUCAAAAUUCUAGAUAAGUACUUCCUUAUCGAACCCCAUUAAGGCAUCCAUUCAGUGGAAAAGUGGUGCAUGAACCAGUAGUCGCACUGGGGUUUUGCUUUCAAAUUAACCUAAAAUAUACACCCAGAACGUGAAGGACAUUUUUCUGUUCUUCCACAGAGCUGCCAUGUCCACCUGGCAAAAAAACCGACAAUCCGCAAGGUGCCUGCUGUUUUCUCCCUUUUACCUAUGGAGGAACGACCUACAACGCUUGUACCAUGGCCGCUCAUAGCCGAUUGUGGUGUUCUUUAACCACUACUUACAGUGGAUCUUGGGCUAACUGUGGUAAGGAAUAGAAAGUCCUGAGUUUAAAUGCAUGCCAAAUAAAAACCAACAAACACUUUUGUGAGUGUUAUUGAUGUUGUUGUUUUUUCUUCCACCGCAGUCGGUCCAUGCGACAACAACCCUUGUCUGAAUGGGGGAGUCUGUACAGCAACCAAAAACGACUCGUAUACCUGCAAAUGUGCUUCAGGAUAUUUAGGAGGCAAUUGUGAAAUAGGUACAUGGGUGACGGCUGUGAAUUCAGCUAACAGUUAUUUUAAUGUUUGAUCUUUUUCUAUCCUUGGUGUUUUCAAUACGGAGGGGUAAUCGCAGCUGCUGGAUAUGAAUUAGAUAUCAUCAUUUUUUGACUUAUACAGAGAAUGAAUACUUUUGUCACCACUAAACAGAUUCCUGAUUUGAUCUAAAUUACUUCAUUGAUUUAAACAAAAGAAUAAACAGCGGGCCCAUGCGCUAAGAAACCUUGUCAAAAUAAAGGAAUCUGCACCGAAACAGGAAACAAUUCGCACAGUUGCCAAUGUGCCGUUGGAUAUUCUGGAGGAAAUUGUGAAAAAGGUACAUACAGGCAUAUAGAUUGUGAACUGUGUGUUCACUCUCCAUCAAAACUGUGAUAGCGAACUUAAAAGCUGCCAUGCUGCAAAUGAUUUAUUAAUAAAGAGUAUGAUUGCAGUCACAAUUACGAAUUAAACAAAUUAACUACCAAUUGAUCAGACCGCAUUCACAACUAAAUAAUUGUUUACUCUGCGAAUACGCCACAACAGCGCACGCGAACAACUCGUACUGUCCAAUUGCACAGGUAUGAUGCAUCAACUGCCAUAAUACAUUGCCCAAGUAUAAAAUAAUUCAAAUAGUACGCGCGCUCUGAUUGGCCAUAAAACCAUUUUACAUGAGCGUAUGUAAACACGGUUUGCGUUCCUCUUUCAUUAGUUAUUUUAUAAAAGAAAUGUAAAAUGGUUUCCGUGUUUACAUAGCCUGAUGUAAACACGGAAACCAUUUUACAUUUCUUCAUUACAAGCAAGGCGCAUACUUCAUCCUCUUAGUGCUUGAAUCGGGCUGCUGGUAACCAAUCUCCUUCAAGAAUUUCAUUGUAGUUUUGUUUAAUAGAAGAAAUAACAAUAAUGAUAAUCCUAAUAAUAAUGAUCAUGACCAUGAUCUCAAUGCUAUCCCAAUAAACUUAUGGUGGAUAAAUCCUUCUUCCAAUCAGUUACUGUAGACGGGUGGAGGUCAGAGGGAUGCUUCAAAGUACUCAAGAAGGGGGAGAAAAUUGACUUUAAUGAAAGAUUCGCAGACUUCAAGGCCAUCGGAGAAAUGAAGUGCGAUGUUAAAACGGCGUUUGAACUUUGUAAAGUUGCAGCGGAGGAGAAAGGUUACGAGAUGUUUGGCGUCUUAGUGAGUACUUUCUUGGGUUAGCCUAAUUUCUUUCCGAUACGUAAAUGCUACAGAAAUUUUCCGCCACCAUUUUAUCUUAUCGCUUUUUAACGUAAUAUAUAUCUUCUCAUUAUGCCUAUGUAGAUUUUCUUUAACUUUCUUUCUUACGUACCCUUCUUCACUGAAAACGGAGGGUUUAAGAUUUUGUUGAAAUAGUUCCUUUUUACUCGAAGGAACAAGAAGUACUCUCCAAAAGUUCCGAAAGGUCUCGAGAGUAGCAGGCUCGUUAUCAUUUUUGAGGAAAUAGACAACAGCUUCAGUUUUAACUAACCCUGAAUCAAUUUAUCCCAAACAGUGAAAAAGGUUAAAUUUAAAUCGAGGAAAAUCCUUGGCUAUACAAAGUUAAGUUGAUGUGUAAGAAAUGGCAAUUGUUUAGUUUAGCCAAACGGAAAACUAUUUCAAAUUCUAGAUACAAAUUGCUUGGGUAGGAUUGUGUUCGCGUGGACAUUGGACAAGCGUUGCUUAAGCUAGCUGAUGCGCUAAGAUCCGUUUCAAAACUCGCAGCAUGAGAGGUUUCUUGAAUUGGCCAUUGUUUAGUUUUGGCGACCAUUAUUAUUCGUGGGCUGAAUACAAUGGUGUCGAACUCCGAGUCGAAGCGCGAUGUUUUCGAAAAGAACUUCGACUUAAAAUUUUAAAACUGUGAGGAUUAGCGGUUUUAGUUCACCAACUUUUAAAGUUUAACCGGGUUCUAUUGCAGGAAAGAUCCAUUCUCCAUUUCCCGCUCUUGAGUUUUUGAAAGCCAGUUCGAAUUUUUUUCUUAAAGAUCGCUUUUAAAUCGGCCCUUAUACUAAAAAGGUCCGGUUUUUUGGACAUUUUCAAAGGUGAAGGAAUAGACUUUAUACUUUCUCAAACUUCCUCUUUUUAAGCUUUAAUUAAAUUUAAAUAAAACCCUCCCUCCUUAAAAAUCUGCUCUUGAGUUUUUGACUUAUUGCCUCUGGCGAUAGGGAAAACGAGUUUUAUCAACGCUGCUGUGCUAAUUUUGGCCCUUUCUUCUCUUAUUAUGGGCUUUCAGGGUGCGAUCGCAUUCAAAUAUUCCCACAUCAGUGCUCCUAAAUACCUAUUCAUAAUCAUGUCAAGGCAUUCUGCGCAAUGAUGUGCUUUCGCGACUCUCCAGUCGCGAUAGCACACCAAAACAAAGUAGCAGACGGGUAAGGGGAAAGUAAGAACGCUUUAAUCCAGAACAAAAUCCCGCAACAAAGCAAGAACAACUGACAAAAAGUUGGGAAGUCUUGGGCUUCCAAAAAAAAGGUCAUGAAAAAGGUAUUGAAACGCAGAAAUCGGAAGUCCUCAACAAAAUUCUCUCGCAGUUUAUGUAAUAAUUCGUACGAAAGACAAGGAUUAAAUUACGAGCGUGUUGGCCUUCGUGUACUGGUUGCGCUAUUUAGCCAAUUGCAACUGAGAAAGAGGGUGAACACUCAAUUAUUCCUAAGAGAAAAUUUAAAAGCUAGACGCAAAUUCGUGCGCGAAAACGCCAGCGACUCUGGCAACAACACAAAUGCAAGCGGCUGUACCAGUGACCCAUGAACAAGGCUAGGAGAGAACAGAGUCCAAUUUUGCAUGUGUAUUAUUGACAUGUAAUCACAUGAAUAUUUUCUCGUAUUAUUUGGGAUAAAUCAGCACUUGAAAGUUUUUCUAAGACAAUAAUUUUCAUUCGCCCUUCGGGCUUGAGCAGUUUGGUGAGCCUUUGAAAAAUUUGCUUGUGCUGAUUUAUCCCAAAUUGCACUCGGAAUCAUGUGAUUACCUAUACAAACUAACUGGUAUAAGAACAAAAUAUAACUUGACGAUGCAAAGUUAAAAAGAGUUUCGAAUUAACUUAAUACAAAGUAAGAUUUAGUCUAAGAUGGAUUGCUUAUCUCUCUCCAACCCAUUUGGCUGACCAGACCCGCAACAAAAACAGUCCUCAGACUUUCAUAACCAUAAUAUGUGCAGCCACCUUUUUUUUCAAUAACUCUACUUAUGCCCUUUCAGUUUCAUAUUCGCUCAGAUGAUGAAUCUACCACGUCAUUGAUCGUUUUCGUUAUUUCCUAGACAUCAAGUCUCACUUCCACCUUUCAAAAUCGCUUAUAUUUUUGUUGUGUAAGAUCCUACCCUCAGUGGACUCCGGGCGUGCAUGGUACGUCUUUUUUUGUUCUUCAGUUUGCCUAAUUAGCAAAAUAAACCGCGUAAACUUUUCCUUUCCUCAGGGUGUUAGAGAAAUGAAGACAGGGAGAAGCUGA